UUUUAUUUUCAUUCAUUUUAUUUGGUCAUUUAUUUUAGUAUAAGAACUAGAGAAUAAUUUUCAAAGGAAAAUUAAAUCUUGUGAAUAUUUACUUACGAGUUUGACUUUAAAUAGCCAUAUUCUUUCACGGACAAAUUAUUUGUAUGUUUUAUUUUCUAUACAUCAGUUGCCACCAGAUGGCAGAUAUAUUGUUUUGCAUCAUCUGUCACGUAUGGCGAUAAUCGUCGAACACAAACGCCAGUUAAUAAUUGAUAAGAAAAUAAUCGAGUUGAUUUGAAAUCUAAUCGGUUUUUUAUAUAAAAAGCCUAAUUUUCAGUAAUUUAUGAUUUGGAAAUAACGUUCUCAAAAUGGGAGGUUUGCUUAGUUACUUUCGCAAUUUGAUUGGCAGCCGGGAAAUGCGAAUUCUAAUCUUAGGUUUGGACGGAGCAGGCAAAACGACGAUUUUAUACAGGUUGCAGGUUGGAGAAGUGGUGACCACAAUUCCCACGAUAGGUUUUAAUGUAGAACAAGUCACAUACAAGAAUUUAAAAUUUCAAGUUUGGGACCUUGGUGGACAAACUAGCAUACGACCAUAUUGGAGGUGCUAUUAUUCGAAUACAGAUGCAAUUAUUUACGUCGUCGAUUCCGCCGAUAGAGAUAGAAUAGGCAUAUCGAAAGAUGAACUUCUUUACAUGUUAAGGGAGGACGAAUUGCAGAGUGCGAUUUUGGUGGUGUUAGCGAACAAACAAGACAUGCCCGGUUGCCUGAGUGUGGCGGAAGUUCAUCAAGCGUUGGGCCUCGACGCUCUAAAAAACAGAACCUUCCAAAUUUUCAAAACGUCAGCGAAGAAAGGUGAAGGCCUCGACCCUGCCAUGGAUUGGCUCUCGAAUGCAUUGCAAGCCAGGAAAUGAACAACGAGGACGUUUCGAAUCGAAACGCUUCCGUCGAACCCCGACUAGUCACAUGACUGUCAUUUAUUAAAGUGUUUAUACGCGGUACCAGAGGCUUUAUUCCGUAACGGCGAUAACUGUGAAAUAGUCAAGACUUGCGAUUAUCAUUCAUAAUCAAUUUGGACAGCCCCCCUCCCCCAAUAAAUGAUCGUCGCAUCGCGAUUUUAAUAUAGAAUUCGAUUUUCGAACGUUUAGAUGAGAAGUGUAUAAAAAUGAAUUUUUAUUUCUGACCAAGAACGUUCGAAUUUAUUUCACAAGGCAAACAUUCCUCUAAAGUUUAAUGCGAUUUAUUACUUUUGAGCAACAUCGAGCACAUUGAGUUCAUUUCUUCAAUUUGAUUGGGACCCAUAGUGCUUCGUAACGAUAGAAUCUGUGGAACUCUUCUUGUAAAACUUGUCUGGUUUUUUUUUUCAAAUGUCGAAUGAGAUUUUCGAAUUAAUAGGGAAAUAGCCAGACAAUUUUUUUUAAUAGGAAUUCAUUCAAUUAGAGUAACAAUCUUGUACAAUAAUAUUCUAGGUCGCUUUUGACUAGAGCGAAGUAAGGUUUAAUUCAUUGUUGUAUAGGUUUUCGUGCUUGGUACUUCAUUCGGUGUGUAACUAUUUUUACCAGAUUUUUCACAGUCAAAGAAGUUUCGUGAGUGUUUUGUGAAACUCUAAAUAAUAAUUUAAUAAUAAUAAUAAUAAUAUUGAUAAUAGAGGUAAUGACGAGAGUAUUUGAUUUCGUUUCGGCGACACCUGGGGUCAGUUUUUUCUUUCUCUAUUAAAGGGGAUUUGAGCGGAAGAUAUUUUUCAUGGAGUUUUGCACCUAAAGGAAGCUCAGAAUAACGAAUAAAUAGAGGAUAUAGAUGCCGUGAUUCGACAAUUUGUGCUAGCAGAUUCUUUAAUCUAAAUAUCAAUUCUGUUCACGACUUAUUUGUACAUUAUUUAUUAUUAGUGCAAGUAAAACUUUUUAAAUUGG